AGCUGCAACGAUGACGGAAAAUGGAGGAUUAGCAAAUGCCAAACAUAAAAAGAAGAAUAAAUUCAAAAAUGGUAUGAGUUCACAACAGAAGAAGGAGUUGUCUGCCAGCACUUCAGCGGAUACUGGGAACAGUUCCAAUGCCAAAAAAUCUAAGUCUAUGAGCAAACCGCUUGUGACACAUCGUGAAGGCCAGAAGUGGUUUGAUUAUCAGGUCAAUGAGUUGGUUACGAAUGCGAGCAAAGAUACACUGGGAACAGCUGCAAUGCUCAGUAUAGAAGAAGAAGCGGAGCACCUUCUGAAUGUUGAUGUUGACCUAUAUAACCGCUAUGUUCGCACUCAAGGAGGAUCGGAAGCAUCUUGGCUUCAGACGGUCAUAAAAAGUGGUACAGCGAGCGACCGAAUGACGGCCAUGCAGCUCCAGAUGCACAGUUCACCUGUUCACUCUCUAUCAUACUGCGAAGUGAUGAUUGGCUCACUCGAGCGAAAGAACACUCGCGAAGCUUUGGAAAUGCUGCCAAUCCUGGAGGAAAUCUUCCUGAAUCACUUUCUUCCACCGAAUCGCAAACUUGUGCCCUUCAGCGGGAGGCCCUUGAAAAGGAUCGGCGAGUUUUGUUCAAAUAGCGAGCAUGGUAGAAAACGUUUAUUAGUUUUGUGGAGGUUCGAGCAUAAACUCAAAAUUAUGUACGAGCGAUUCUUGAGAGCUUUGGAGAGUCUGGCUUCAUUAGUCGUUGAAGAUCUCAGCAAGCGUGCUCUUCGAUGUGCGCUCAACCUUCUAGCAGAACGUCCAGAGGGAGAAAGGUUCCUUCUAAGCAUGCUGGUUAAUAAAAUGGGACAUCCGAAGCCUCAAAUAGGAUCAUUUGUAGCAACACUACUCGAAGAUCUUACCAAGCGGCAACCAAACAUGAAGCCGGUAAUUGUCGUUGAAGUUGAGAGGUUGAUUUAUAGGACUAACGUCAGCCCGAAAGCGCACCUUUAUGCAUCAACUUUUCUCUCACAGAUCACUUUACGUAGUGAAGAUUCGGCGUUGGCUGUGCAGUUAUUAUCAAUCUACUUUGGAUUAUUCAAGACUCUAGUCAGCAGAAAAGAACCGGAUAAUCGUUUGAUUGGCAUUCUUCUAUCUGCGGCUAAUCGAGCGCUUCCAUUUGCUCGAGAAAAAGCUGAUGCGUUAUCCGAAGAUGUCAACACGCUUUAUAAAGUUGUGCAUACAAGCUCAUAUUCUGUGUCCCUGCAGACUCUGAAGUUGCUAUUUCAAGUACAUCAAAUCAGUGAUUCGCUUUCGGACCGAUUCUACACAGCAUUGUAUCGAAAACUUCUCGUAGAUGUGCCACCCUCAAGUUACAAUCAAUUAUUAUUACUACUUUUCAAAGUGUUGAAAGCAGAUCCAUCUGAUUAUCGUGUUCGCUCGUUUGUGAAGCGAUUGCUCCAGGCAGCAACGUGUGCAGCACCUGCGUUGACUGCUGGUAUACUCAUAUUGGUCUCACGGCUUUUGGAAACUAGAAAAGGCUUAAUUGUUGUGGAAAAACAAAUCGAUCGCAUUGCAAUUCAAAAUGCUAAGUUAGGCGAUGAUGAUGACGAGGAACAUUAUGUUGACAUCGGUGUGGAUGGUAAGCCCGUAGAACCGAUCAAGAAAGAGGAGAUCGAUGAAACCGCUAAACAAUCUAAUACGCAAGAUGAAACAAAAUUUUCGAACACGAAUGGCACAAGUCUUGCUCCCAAGAGCGGCUGGGUUCACCGACGGGAUACAGGAUCGCAUUCAUCUAAGUCUCCAUACAAUCACUCUUUACGAAAUCCUCUCUUCGUGGAUUGUCGAAACUUGGUAGACGCAGAGUUGUUGCUUCUUUCCAAACACUACCACCCAUCCGUGGCAAUAUUUGCACAAGCCCUUCUGCAGGAUGGAUGCAUAAAUUACAAAGGAGAUCCACUAGAAGAUUUCACACUUCUGAAGUUUUUGGAUAGAUUCGCUUUCAAAAAUCCAAAAGAAGGACGAGCAAACAAGACUGCUACUGAUCGAGUCCUACGCAAGAAGCACUUCGAUCCAUGGGGUGUGAAGAAACUUUCUGUGUCCUCCAAAGAAUAUAUCUCCAAAAAAGUGAGCGAGUUGCCAGCUGAUGAGCACUAUCUCCAUCGAUUCGCAACGCUCAAGUUCAGUCAGAAAGCUGAUGAGAAGAAGACUGAGGAUGAUUGGGAAAUUGAAAGCGUUGAUUCUGCUGAAUUUGACGCGAUAAUAGAUCGUUUCGAGCCUGGGGAAGCAAAUGAAGAAUUUGAUGUUGACUAUUCCAAAGAAUUCACAGCUGAGAAAAAGAAAAAAGCGCUGAAGCGUCCUGCAGAAGAAGAAACAGGAGAGGACGAUGAACUAGACUUGGCGGAUGCGCGGGAGGAAGAGGAGGAGGACCUCGAUGAGGAUGAUGUCGAUGAUGAAGAAGAGGAAGAGGUCAGCGAAGAUGAAGACGAUAUCGAGAUGGAGUCUGAUUCGGAGGAAGAAAAGGCUUCUGCGCACAGGACUCGUGCUAGCGACAAGUUUGUUGAGAGCGAUUUGAGUGAUGAUGAAAUGGGUGGGAACGAUGCAGAUGUGGCAGGCGAAAAGUUUGCAUCUCUGCUCGAGGACUUUGAAGAAGAAGAAGAAAGUUCGAAGAAAAAUAAGAAAGGCAAACGGAGGUGGAAGAAAUCAAAAGCGCUCAAAUCUAGGAGAAACUGAUUUUGAGUGUUACUGUGAUUGAGCUGUAUUCCUGUUGUUAGCAGUUGUUGUACGUUGUUAUUUUUUGUUGUUGUCAUCACAUUUUUUUAUCAAAUAUAUGAUUUAUUCUUGUGUUUGUUUAUGCC